CCCCAGACAUUACAGCUCAGUCUCUGUGCUCUCAUCCCACACUCUUUAAUCCCAGCCUUGAGGUUGGCAGCAAAGUCUCUACAGAACCUGGAGUGCAAGUGAUUUCUUAUGUGAAAAUCAAGGAGAAACAAAGAAGAACGAAGCUGGGUCCCACCUUGUCUUUCACCCCUCCUGCCCAGAUCCUUAAUCACACUUGGCAGUGCUAUUUCUUUUUGGUAGUGACCUAGAAUUUGGAGAAUCUACAUUCCUUUUUUAAGUAUUCUCUUCUUGUUCAGCUGCAUGCUCUAAAAUGCUGUUCCAAGUAGUUUGUGGAUCUGUUUCGCAGUGACGGAAUUGGGAGACAGUUUGUCUGGAGUGACUUAGAGAAAGGGAAAGAAGAUCUGCUGAGGUUUUUCUCUCUGGCUCGAAUCUUGGGUUGAAAUAUUGCAACGUGGAUCUCUAAGCAGAGAGCUAAAACAGGACAGUCUUUAAAAUUCACUAGAAAGAACCGUGGUAAUCAAUACAAGACCAACGUGGCAGCUCUAAAUAGUUGUCAGUAUGACUGAGAUUUGACCUAAUUUGGUUGAGAGCGUAAUAUCAGAUCCAUCCUGCUGCCCCAAGAUGGCUACACUGUCUGAGUUUGUUACUGAGCCCAUUGGCAUGAUGUCUCAGUCUCAGACUUCUUCAGCGAGUGAUCACCAAUGCUACUACAAUGAAACAAUAGCUUUUUUCUACAACCGAAGUGGAAAACCUCUUGCCACGGAAUGGCAUACUGUCAACAAGCUAGUUAUGGGACUUGGCAUCACUGUAUGUAUAUUCAUCAUGUUAGCCAACUUACUGGUUAUGGUGGCUAUUUAUGUAAAUCGACGUUUCCACUUUCCUAUUUAUUACUUGAUGGCAAACUUGGCCGCUGCAGACUUCUUUGCAGGACUAGCUUACUUUUACCUAAUGUUUAACACGGGUCCUAACACUAGAAGAUUGACUGUAAGCACGUGGCUACUCCGACAGGGUCUGAUUGACACUAGCUUGACUGCUUCUGUAGCCAAUUUGCUUGCCAUUGCCAUAGAAAGGCACAUUACAGUAUUCAGAAUGCAGCUGCACACCCGAAUGAGCAACAGAAGAGUGGUCGUGGUGAUAGUGGUCAUCUGGACUAUGGCUAUUGUGAUGGGGGCAAUACCAAGCGUUGGAUGGAAUGUGAUCUGUGACCUUGAGCACUGUUCCAACAUGGCUCCACUCUACAGUGAUUCUUACUUGGUCUUCUGGGCUAUAUUCAACUUGGUCACCUUCGUGGUUAUGGUAGUUCUCUACGCACAUAUAUUUGUAUACGUCAGGCAGAGGACUAUGAGGAUGUCAAGGCAUACAGAUCUGGGUCCAAGGAGAAACCGUGAUACAUUGAUGAGUCUACUGAAAACCGUUGUCAUUGUUUUAGGAGCCUUCAUUAUUUGUUGGACCCCAGGCCUGGUUCUGUUACUACUUGACGUGUGUUGUCCACAGUGCAACAUUCUGGACUAUGAGAAGUUUUUCCUACUACUGGCUGAAUUCAACUCUGCUAUGAAUCCCAUCAUUUACUCCUACCGGGACAAGGAAAUGAGUGCCACAUUCAAACAGAUCCUGUGUUGCCAAAGAACAGAAAGUACAAAUGGCCCCCAAGAGGGAUCUGACCGAUCUGCAUCCUCACUUAACCAUACCAUUUUGGCUGGUGUGCACAGCAAUGACCAUUCUGUUGUUUGAACUGGGACAGUGCAGGUCGAAAGUCAGGACCACGUAGACCAUAUUGGAGUGUGUGUGUCACUGCAGGAUGCUGCAGAACCAGCAUAAGGACAGGAACACAUUAUUUUACUAUUCCUCAACAGGCUAACUCCAAACUUAUUGAAAUGAAUGUCUAAUACUGCACAAUAGCGGCUCACCCAUAUAGAACAUGUUUAUGAAAUUUUAAACUGCCUUUUCCAUAGAAAAUAGUUCAAUACAAAACAAAUAGUAAAAAAAAAAAAUAAUAAUGAUAUAAUCCAUGAAAAAAAGCCUACAUUUUAGUCCCAUCAGCAUGCCUGUGAUGGACGCUGUUUUGGAGUGGUUUAACAUUUCUAUAGCUGCACUGC